UUUGUGCUGCGGUGAAUCACUGGCAAGUGUUUGAUAUUGUGGUAACCAUAGUUGGGUGGGCUUUCGAUUGUCCGUUGGCUCCGUCGUGUUCUUUGGUGCUGCAUCCGUGCGACUUUACUUGUCUGUCGCUCUGGGUGAGAGACGGUCGGACAUCAGGAUGAGUUGUCGAUGUGAAGCUGGAUAGUAAAAGCCUGCUCCGUGUGAGUGAGUGUUCACUGUUAGCGGUGGGGAGGAUGAGCCGCCUAUGCUCCCCGAACCGGCCCUGCACUCUGCUUCUGCUGGCUUUCCUCCAGUUGGCUUUCCUCCUGUUCCUAUACCGCCGGAGCCUCUCUGGCUCCUUCACUGGUUCCAUGUAUGAAGAAGAUCGUGGCGGUCACUGGGAUUACUCCAAAACUCAUGAUGUUUACACCAACCUUAGCUUGGUGACCCCGAGCCCAGACAGGCAAACUUUAAGCUUGUGUCCGGACGAGUCGCCUCUCCUCGUUGGACCACUGACUAUCAGCUUUCAGAAAGUUCCACUUAUGAGCAAAAUUGCAAGAAAAAAUCCAUAUGUUCAAGCUGGUGGACGGUACUCACCCCCACACUGCAAAGCUCAAUAUAAAACAGCAAUCCUUGUUCCACAUCGCAACAGAGAGCCACAUCUGCGUCAUCUUCUAUAUUACCUUCAUCCAUUCUUACAACGCCAACAGCUUCAGUAUGCAAUAUAUGUCAUCCACCAGACUGGAAAUCGAACUUUUAAUCGAGCAAAGCUGCUUAAUGUCGGAGUGAGAGAAGCACUGAAAGAUGAAGACUGGGACUGUCUGUUUCUACAUGAUGUUGAUCUUAUUCCAGAGAAUGAUUACAAUCUAUACAUCUGCAAUAAGAAAUACCCCAAGCACGUAUCGAGUGCUAUGAAUAAAUUCAAGUACAGAUUACCGUAUAAAAUGUAUUUUGGUGGUGUUUCAGCCUUAACUCCUGAUCAGUACUUGAGGAUAAAUGGCUUCCCAAACACAUACUGGGGUUGGGGUGGAGAAGAUGAUGACAUCUCGGCUAGGAUAUAUUUAGCAGGAAUGAAGAUAAUUCGAACUCCCCUCUCCCUUGGACAUUACAAAAUGAUAUCUCACAACUUGGAUGUGGGUAAUGAAAAAAAUGAGAAAAGAUUUGACAUGGUGGUAAAGGUAGCCCGGUCAUGGCGACUUGAUGGGAUGAAUUCCAUAGAGUACAAUUUGCUUCAUAAAGAAGAGCUUCCUCUGUACACCAACAUCACCGUGGACUUUGGAAACAGUGCAGAAGUACAGUCAAACAUCAAAUAACAAAUGCCCAUCCCUUUUCAAAGUCAGUAUGAUUCAAGAUGCCUCAAAGGGCAAAUGCUGGUGGUUAUUGGGUGUAAACAAAAUCCACAGACCUAUUCAGAAUAAGAAAUCCAUCAAAAAUGCAAGGAUAUGAGAUAUUUGCUGCUAUCUUUUCCUGUUCAACAAAACUUUCCAAAUUAUGACUUUCAGUAUUUUUGCCCUGCAGUGCUGUAGGACAAUGUAAGUGAAGAAUCUUCUCUUGAUUUCAAUUGUCAUUUUAUAUUUUGUAAAUAUUUAUGCCUAUUCAUGAAACUUGAAAUGUUCGAUUGUGGUAUUUUGGAAUGAGGCCUUUCAAAUAGGUUAUUUGUAUUAGAAAGAACUUGGUAGAUAUUGGCAAUGUGCAUGGUCAACUUGAUAAAUACUUACUGUGUCACAUCUAGUAAAUCAAAAUGAAGAACUAAAGCAGUUAAUAAAUCCAUGCAAAAAUAUUAAGCUGUUAGUGGUCCUGUUAUUUUCCUAAUUG